AAAGAGGAGGCAGCUGAGGCAACGGCGGGUGCGAGGGGGGGAGCGUAACGGAGACCGUUCGCCGCUCGUCAAACCCCCGGCAGAGAGAUGACGAUAGCCAGCAACAUUGUGGUGGAGUGGCUGCGGUCCCUCCACCUGGGCCAAUACUCCGAGUCGUUCAUCGACAAUGGUUACGACGACCUCGAAAUCUGUAAGCAGAUCGGGGACCCCGAUCUGGACGCGAUCGGUGUCUUCAAUCAGACGCAUCGCGCCAGGCUGCUCCAAUCCGUGAAGACUCUGAGGGAGGAAGGCGCCGCGAGCGUUUACUUCACGCUGGAGGAGAGCAACGACUGUCUCUGCGACAAUGUCAGCUCGAAGUCCUCGAGGACGUCUUCUGAGAGACCACCCAGUGAUAAAGAGGCGCAGAGGGCAUCGCCGACCGCCAGCUCCUCGAGCGGUGGCCAGGAAUUAACCAAGUUCGCGGACGAGUACGAGGAGGGGAAGGCGGAGCUGGUCAGAAUACCGAGGAUGCAGCUUAGGAUGCUGCUGCAGGAGAAGCUGAGACACGACGGCAUCAGACUCGCCUGUCAACCGUACACCACACCGGAAGGUGAGAGGGGUUACUUAGAGGGGCUUGCUUCAAGAUAUGCAGACCUCUUCAGAACACAUUACGGAGACGUCCUGGAGCCACUCGAGGAACUACGCCGCCGUGAAACAAAUCCUUCCCCCAGAAUGCCCAACACUCAACUCACCACCAGUCAUUCACAGCCCAUUUACGUGCCUGGAAAAUACUCGCCCUCGAGCUGUCUCAGCGACAAAGAAGAGGAUGAAAUCUAUGGUUUUGGGUAUGGAGUAUUCAGCAGGCAAAUGCUUCAGCAUCGACAACAGAAGCUCGCUCUUGCCGCACAAAACACCACGAUAGCACCUGGCGGACAUCAACAGCCUUAUCAAAGUUGCCUAAGUCCGAGAUCGGCGUUCUUUUACGAGUUCCCACCCAAUGAACAAGGACAAAACACUAACAAGAAGAAAACCACGUUUUCGAGACUGCUUCGAGGAUUAAAAACGCAUAGGAAAGAGAAGCAAGGGCAAACUCAAGGUUCUCCAAGACACGGUCGUGCCAGAAUGGGAGUGCCACAAAGAGUAGACACACCGGACAGUGUACUGCAGAGUGGAUUGGGUUUAGGACCAGAUAUGGGAAACACGAUUCUACGUUCGAUGGUAGAUCCCCGGGACUACGACCGAUUAAGGUGCCUACAGAUGAACGGUGGACAGCCGAAUAGCUUCGAGGAGACUAUACAUAGGCUGAAAGUUCAAGAGGAACUGAGAAAGAAGGAGAGAUUUCACAGAGAACACGAGGAGAUACUGAGGGACAUUCGGCAGGGGUUAAUGCAACUUGGACGGGACGGACGAGGUCAGCUCCCCGGAGAUGACACAUACAUGUACGACGAAGACGCACGAUGCGGGGGUGGGUUAGGUCCGGGGCCUGGGGGUCAGCACUGGUACGACGAGCCUCCGUAUGAGUCAGACCCCGAAGAUUUUCUUAUGGGAGCUAGCGGUGGUGGCGUGCCAACCGCGACUAUUCAAAAUGGAAGAGUAUGCUUCACGCUGAAUUUGAGGCCGGAGAACAGAAGUGAGGGAGUCAUAUCGCUUCGGACAGCCGGCGACAUCAGUUUACCCCGGGAUCGUUCCAGGAAAGGAGCAAGUUCGACGAUGCGAGGACUUAUUGUGCCGCAAGGUCACAAUAAUCCACCUACUAUCAUACCACUUACGCACUCGAGAGCCUCUCGAGAAAGCGGAGAUUACGCGAGUAGCGAUGUUCAGAGCCGGAGUAGCGGCGAAGAAGGACUGUCGCCGAGCCAGAGCAGUGACUACGAGGAUCAAGAAGAACUUGAGAAUCAGCACUCCGCCACCGUACACACAUCCGAGGCUAGCGUGCUCCUCGAGGGGGACGCUAGGGCGCGGAUCGCGGGCCCGGCGAGAAACUUGCGGCACGACGUGCAACGCAAGAUUUCAAGGCUCCGGCAGGACCGCGCCUCCUCGGAAGCGUUCCCAUGCAGCGCCAGUAGCGUCGAGAGCCUUCCCAGCGGAAGCGGUUCCAGCACGCAAGCACUCGUACGUGCGGGGAGCAAUCAUAGCUCGAUAUCCUGCGAGGACAGAGAUGCCAUCAGCCCGACCGCCAUCGGACCCGUGCUAUGCAGGGCCAGAGCACUAGUCGACUACACGCCCAGCCCGUACGAUAAAGAGGCGUUGAAGUUCAAGAAGGGAGACAUUAUCGACGUGGUACAAAUGAACAAGAGCGGUCUGUGGAAGGGUAUCUUACACAACAGGAUAGGCCACUUCAAGUUCAUAAACGUUGAGAUACUGAACGACAGGGUUCCAAGGCGUGGAGAACCCGACGGGCGGGGGAAGUGGGGCCAGAGGUACAGACAGAAGCCCGGUUCCGUUCAAGAGCUCUUGCAGAGAAUGAAUCUUCAGGAACAUAUUCCCGUGUUUGUCUUGAACGGGUACGAGGAUCUGGAACUCUUCCGAGAAAUAGAGCCUGCGGAUCUCGAUUAUCUGCGUAUACAUCAGCCGGAGCAUCGCGCGAAGAUACUCACCGCUGUACAAUUACUGCACGAUCUUCAAUCCGGCAGCGAGGGCGAUUUAGCGUCGAGCUCGGAGGGCGACGAGGUCAGUCGGCUGGUGUUAACCUCGGGCCAGACGUCCGGCCACUGCUCACCGUUUAAUCGCCGCCAGUUCCCCCGGGACUCCGGUUGCUAUGACGCUCACAAGAAUCCGACCGGCCGGCGGACCGUGAGCCCGGAAUCGACGGGCGCCAAGUUGUCCAGGGAGAACAAUCUCGACGCGAGCACCGCUGCGAAGAGCGUGGGCGGCGCGGGCGGCGAGGGAAGCGGCGGGUCCGACAGCAAGGACGAUUUCCAUCCGAACAUACCCAUCGCGGGGAACGCGGCCGCGCAGAAGGACGGCCACUUCGACAAGUCGCCGUUGCUGCGCGCGGGCAACAUCCGCUACAUCGCGAAGAGAGGCAACUUCGGCGAGUCCGUGGUGAUCGAGGACGAUGGCGGCCAGAAGUUGGGCAACAUGGUGAAGUACGUGGUGGGCAGCGGCGACAUGGGCCUCGAGGGCGCCGGAUCUGUCACCGGCCUCGGCCAGCGGGGCUGCGUCAGCGAGAAGUCCAGCGACUCUGGCGUUAGCUCUUCCAGUAUCAGCUCAGCGCCACCACCCAGGGAUAAGGCUCUUUCCAGCGUAGCCUCGGACUCACCCACUAAGAACUUCGGCAACUUCAACAGAUCUUCGCCCACCUCGCAGCCGGCCAACAGCAAAGGUCAAACCGACGACGCCAAUUAUCCGUGAUAAGCGACGCGGCCUGCGUUCGACGAAGUCCCUGGAAGCACUUCCACUCCUCACCUUGCUUCCCAGCGUCGCGCACGUCCGAAUUUCUCGUGAGGCGUCCUCGUACGGUUCCGUAGGUUCGUGACACGCCAUUCCGCGGCUCGUUAGCGCGCGAGGUCGACGGGAUUCGGUUCCGCUAUAUCGCAGGUACUCUAUAUUUAGCAGGGUAUAGUCUUCGGAUUCGACGCGGAGUUGCGGAGGCUGAACGAAAUUCAUGGAAGGGUCUUUUCGGCAGGAUUUUUCGAUUUUCCAGAGCACCGAGCUGAAUCAGCGAACGCACGGUUCUGGAGUUCCCCGCGAUCGACCGGCAAUAUGGGAAGACGCGAAAUCGACGAGGAUCGGGUAAACGCGAACAUAAUAGAUUCUUUUGAACGGAGGGAACGGCGAAUUUCUUUGACGUGUGGCUCAGCGAGUAGUGCAGCGCUACGAUCGUUUGGGAACAGUCCACACGCGGCGUUAGAUACACGUGGAAGCGGAAGUGCCGGCGUGGAUUGAGUUUUCCUUUGGAAUCCGAUGCAAAUUUACGCAACGCAAGAUACUUGAUUCAGUUUUCUUCCUUCUUAAAAUGUAUGUCCGAAGAGGUAUGAAGUUGGAUAAUAAGCGACACGACUGUUCACGGCUGAACGUAAAUAGUUUAAGGGAUUCAGCAUCUAAUGUACCAAUGUACCAAGUUUGAGGUUCGUUCAAAUCUUUCGAAGUGGAAGGUCGUGUUUCACGGAAAAGUUAGAUUGAGAAUUCCGUAUUUCGCAGAUUUACACAAAUGUCACGGGGAAGCGAGAUCCGUAGCCGGCCGAUACUUUCGUCGAUCGCUGCGUAUGAUGAUCUCCCGUUACAUUCGUGUCUUGAGUCCGAGCACGACUGCCCACGCUCGACAGAUCCUGUAAAUAUCGCGGAACAGGGGUUUCGUUUGCUUUAAUUUCACCUCAUAUAAUAGUGAAUCGUAUCUUAAAAUACAUCGGAUCGAAAGAAAUAACGAGGUGCCUUGGUACCCUUUGUUGCCUUAACGAUCCUUUCUCCUCGUUACUCUAUAAUCAAAGGUCCAUGCCUGUGCUACCGUUUUUUUUCCGCCGAGGACUACCGGCUUCAUUUCUCCCACCUCGAUACCAACCUCAUGCCAAGGGGCGGGGGAAUGUACUUCAUUAUUCUCGUUCUGAAUUUUUCAAACUCCCACGCGCAGAAAGGAGAUACAACGGAAAAGGGGGGCGAGGUGUAAGAAGCAAAAUUUAAGCAGUUUUAACGAGGAGA